CAAGAUGGUAUAUAUGAGGAGUAAAGUUUAAAGAUUCGAAUCAUUGUUGUGUGGAUUAACGUACAUACGACAGUUGGAAACGAACUGAGAAUUACCGAGAAGUAGAACAUUGUCAGGAUGUCUGCCCAGCCAAUUUUAAAUCCAGAAUUGCCUUAUGUUGGAGAGGUAGAAGAUGGCUUGACACCAGGAAAAAUGGUGAAGGUUCAAGGCAAAGUUCCUCCCGAAUCUACACGCUUUGCCAUUAAUUAUCAAUUGGGUCCUACUUUGAAUCCAAGGGAUGAUAUUGCAUUGCACGUUUCACCACGUUUUCACGAUGGGUUUGUUACAAGAAAUCACAUUAAAUCGAUGACCUGGGGUCCUGAAGAAAAUGAAGGGCCAAUGUGGAUUCAGCCGGGGACAGAUUUUGAAAUUAUUAUAUUAUGUGAAUACGAAUGUUACAAAAUUGCUAUAAAUGGAAGACAUUUUACCGAAUUUGCUCACAGAUUGCCUUAUAGUCAAGUAACGCACUUGGUAAUUGAUGGGGAAGUCGAAGUAACUGCUAUAUUUUUUGAAACUAUUCCAGUUGGUCCUAAACCAACUGCUCCGUUAUCGGAUGAGACUGACAUAGCUGUCGGCCCCCCUCCUCCUGGACAUAUUUAUCCAAUGUUAUAUCCGCAUGGUAGACCAAGAGAAGAUGCUCCAUCGAAUCCAAAUGAUUAUAAAAAUCAUCCACCUCGUCGCUAUGAGGAGGAACCCGAAGAUGCUAUGGGUGAUUGUUUGGAUAAAGUUGGUUUGGCAGUAGGAGGACUAGUUGCCGCGGGUGGUGUUGCCGCUGCAUUACACGCAAUGAAUAAGAAUAAAAACAAACAUUCUGAUGAGCCUAGUCAUGAAAAAAGUGAAUCUACGCAGAAUGAAAGUGGAUUGGGUGGAUUAGGUGCUCUGGGUGCAGCUUUAGCCAGCAGUUUAGCAUCUAAUGCUUUAAUGGGAGAUAGAGCAUUACAUGCGCAACAAGGUUAUCCUCCACAAGAAUCCAAUAUGUUAGGAUCUAUUCUUGGAGCUUUAGGAGGUAAUCAGUCGGGUUAUCAACAACCUGCAAAUGAUCCAUUGGGUGGGACAUUGGGUUCCAUUCUUGGUGGAGUUCUUGGAGGUGGUGGUCAUCAACAACAGCCUCAAUAUCAACCUUCGGGAGGCUAUAAUAAUUAUCCUCAGAAUCAAAAUUCUCAAGGCAACGAUCUUCUUAGUGGAAUAGGUGGUGCUCUCUUUAAAACAGCUAUGGAUGGUUUAUCUAAACGUUCUCAUAGAUCCCAUCAAAAUCACGAAGACAGUAAUGUCCCCUAUAACUCUGCACCACAGCCUUCCGUUAAUUAUGGCAGCCAUGAUAGUAAUGUACAGCAAUCACAUGCGUCACCAGCAGUUUCCAAGGGCGAGCGACUUACUGCCGCCGAAAUCAGUAGAGGACUCGGACUCAGCGAUGACGAGGAAUAGAAAAUAUAUAAUUACAUCAAACCAGCAGCGAUUUUAAUUCACAUUUUCUUGUAAUAAUCAAUCGUUAAAUUCUGAAUGUCCGUGAGAUGGGAAAUUAACGAUUUUGCUUAGGAAACUUAGCUUUGUUAAAGUGUACGAUAUUGUU